UGAAUUACAAGCCGCGGAUUUUAGGAAUAGUCUUUCGACUUGUAUUCGUGCUAAGUUGGUACAAGGUCCGCUGUAGUGAAUACACUAGGCAGGCGUUAGAGAACACAUCCGUGGUUAGUGAAAUAUGGAGAAAUAAUAGUCGUGUUUCUUUGGCAUUUGUGUUUGACCGCACAGGGAGCAUGUAUGAUGACUUAGUUCACGUCAGAGCUGGAGCGACCAGGAUAUUCAACAGUACCAUCCAGAAUGGUACUUCACCUGUAACGAAUUACAUUCUGGUACCAUUCAGGGACCCAGGUAAGCUUUUGGUAUAGGGAUGGUAGAAUGAACAUGUAGGGAAGUUAUAUACGGCCUUUCAAUUAACACACUGUGAUGACAAGGUAUUUUGUCAUGGCCUGUGGUUUAAUGUACUAAUGCGCAAAACUAUGCACACAAUUGAAGUUUCAUUCAAAGUCAUGAAAGAUGUGUGUACAUUUGUACGUAAGUCUAAAUCCAGAAUUUGCCUUUCAACAGCGCAGUUUCCACGCAAAAACGGACGGUUGAAAUAACUUGUAGACAACGGUGCCAGCCGUAAAACAUGUUUCACUGAUUAUCAGUACAACUUAAGUAACUUAUGUCUGGCCUCGUAGAUUUAAUACUGUAAGAUUCGACGUAAGAUUAACACCAAGUAUUUUAUUAGGAACAGAUAUGCUCAUAUGAGUUUAGUACGCAAUUAGGUUGAUAGUCCGAUAAAUAUUUAAGGCAUAAUCCAUUAACCUAGAAGGCUAAAACCUCCCCCAAAUACCGCCUCUUAACAUUGCGCUGAAAUACCAUAUAAAGAUUUUAUCGGUAUUGAUAUUGACAAUUUGACAUUGAAGCCCCAAGCUAAAUAUGGAAGACGCUUUUCACGGCUUGACUCGUUCCACUAUCUCAGUGAUAAAAUUAACACACUCAUUUUCACAUUUGUAUAAAUAAUAAUUUAAACAUGUGAAAUAUACACCAUUUUGUGGAAAAUGUCCAAUUCACUUAUCUUGCAAACGGUCGAUUCAUAAGCCCAGUUUCCAGCUUACAGAUGGAUUUUCUAGAUCAAUAAACGUAGAGAUUUAGUCCACAAAACAAAUUUUAUCAGUUAUCGCCAUGAAAACGAACCUAGGUUAAAUUCAAACGUUGCGCUCGAUGUUACAAAAUUGAACAUGGUUUGCAUAUUUUGCGCCAAUGAUUCUUACUGACCAGAGAAUUACACAAGGUCAUCAGGCAAGCAGUGCUCAUUAACUACUAUAUCGUAGGUGCUCAUUACCCUAAUUGCAUUGAAAGGUCACACUGCAUGAGAUUAUGAGAAAAUUAUAUCUGCCCACAUUACGGUCGAUUUACACAACACAACUUUUGCCUAAAACUGUCGCAUGCAACCUGCUUACAACUUGAGUUGUACUGUGUAAAUCAAGCACACAACUCACCUACAACAAGUGAGUCGUGUGCUUAAUUGAAACGGUAUAAAUCGGCCUUUAGAGCAAAAAGAAACCAUGAUAUACAUUUGAAGUUGGCUGAAAUCAACGGCGAGUAUUGUUAUCUGAGUAAACAUAAAUUAAAAAAAAGACUGGUAUACUUAUUAUAAAUUCAUACCAACACUGCAUGGGCUACGACUUUUUGUUUACUUUCAAAACUACAGAGAAAUUAAAUUUCAAUUUUACACUUUGCAGUAAUGCUUUGCAUGUGUUGAAAUGGUUAAAUUUGAGGAUUUAAUUAAUGCAUGUGCUUUAUAUCUCUGAGAUCAUAAUUUCGCUUUAUAUCUCUGAGAUCAUAAUUUCGCUUUAUAUCUCUGAGAUCAUAAUUUCGCCUUUUAGCUUAUGAGAUCAUAAUUUCGCCUUUUAGCUUAUGAGAUCAUAAUUUCGCCUUUUAGCUUAUGAGAUCAUAAUUUCGCCUUUUAGCUUAUGAGAUCAUAAUUUCGCUUUUUUUCUCUGAGAUCAUAAUUUCGCCUUUUAGCUUAUGAGAUCAUAAUUUCGCGCUGCAUGCGAAAGUGCUUCCAGUUUGACUCUAUCAAACACCACAUCCACCUAGGUCCAACGGGCGGGAGGGGGGUGCACUUUGCCCCAGGACCCCCCAACUUAAAAUUAGGGGGCCCCAAAGCAACGAAGAAAAUAAUGACUGAAACUUAUUUCUAUUUUACAAUCUUACAGACGUGGGUCCAGCGUUCCAAACUAAAGACCCAGCAAAAUUCGUGAAGGCAUUAAACGACAUUUACGUUCGAGGCGGAAAAGAUUGUCCCGAAAUGAGCGUCACAGCGAUCAAGCUAGCGCUAGAACUCAGUCUCCCUGGCUCGGUCGUUUACGUUUUCACCGACGCCGAGGCGAAAGACCACCGAAUGCUGCCCGAAGUUAUACGACUUAUUAAACAAAAGAAUAUUAGGGUGAAUUUCAUUUUGACUGGAAAUUGUGGACUGGAAAAAAACUUCAAAGACAAAAACACUUAUGAAAAAAUUGCAAUCCUUUCCUCUGGGCAAAUUGUAAAGUUAAACAAAUCCGAAGUUGAAACAAUUUGGGAGUUUGUUAAAAUAUCUAUAAAUCCUGACCGCAAAAACAUUUACUCUGUUGAUAAAAUCUCCAGGGGGGAGCGUACAUAUAUUGUCAAAAUAGACCCGAAUAUCAGGGAGGUCAUAAUUACGGGCAGUGGUGAGCAUGUUGAGGUGAUUAUUACGGAUAGUACGGGUGAAUUGGUGUUCCUGACGGAUGAAAAUGUCGAUGUGUUAUUAAACCUGAACUCAGUGGUGUCUGUGCUUGUCAGGAAUCCUAGACCUGGAAACUGGAGUAUCACGGUGCGUAGCAAUGGACGGCAUACGUUACGCGUUGAAGCGAUCAGUGAUCGAUGGGAAGAAGUGAAAGGCAACCAUACUGUGGUGGUCAUACCAGGUACAAUGCUUAACACGUUCACAAGUCUUCUGGAUUGUCUAUGGUUAAACCAUGGAUAAUAAAAACACUAUCAUUUCUGUGUUUUUAUUAUCCAUGGUUAUCCAUGGUUAAACUAUGGAAAAAUUAGAAAGCUUCGGAUUCACAGGGAUGCGACUGCCUGAUAAAUACAAGGAGAACUUCGACUUUUCACGAACUUCCCGACGAAUGGCCUUCGCUCGAAAUGUCGAAGUUCUCCUUGUAUUUUUCAGCUAGUUGUAUCCUUAUCAAUCUGAAGCUUUCUUAUUAUUGCCACGACCUAUAAGGGAUGAUCCUUACUGGACCUCUAAGAAUAACACUUUAGAACUGAUAGAGCUAACCAGUAUAAUAAAGUUAGUUUAGUUUAGGUUUCCUCCUGUAGUAACACUCGAUCAAUAAGAGAUGAUCCUUACUGGACCUCUAGGGAGAACAGUUUAGAACUGAUAGAGCUAUCCAGUAUAAAUAAAGUUAGUUUAGUUUAGGUUUCCUCUGUAGUAACACUGGAUCAAUAAGAGAUGAUUUUCACUGAAACUCUAAGAAGAACAGCUUAGAACUGAUAGAGCUAUCCAGUAUAAAUAAAGUUAGUUUAGUUUAGGUUUCCUCUGUAGUAACACUGGAUCAAUAAGAGAUGAUUUUCACUGAAACUCUAAGAAGAACAGUUUAGAACUGAUAGAGCUAUCCAGUAUAAAUAAAGUUAGUUUAGUUUAGGUUUCCUCCUGUAGUAACACUAGAUCAAUAAGAGAUGACUUUCACUGGAUCUCUAGCGAGAACAGUUUAUAGAACUGAUAGAGCUAUCUAGCAUAAAUGAAGUUAGUUUAGUUUAGGUUUCCUCUGUAGUAACACUGGAUCAAUAAGAGAUGACUUUCACUGAACUGAUAGAGUUAUCCAUUUAAUUGUUUGUCAGUUUAAUUGUCCACAUUUCUUAUCUCUUCCUAUGUUAAAAUGCUCAGAGGUAAACGAAUGCGCACGCGCUAUCCAUGACUGUGAUUCUGAAGAAGUGUGUCUGGAUCUACCAUAUGGCUUCACUUGUGUAACGAAAUGUUCACGGGGAUAUGAAAUGACCAGAGAAGCCAUUUGUAUUGGUAAGAAACUCUUUUCUCAUUAAAUUAAAUUAAAGUACUAUUUACAACAUGAGCGACCGUGUUGUAUCGGAUAUAAAUGGCUUGUGAAACGUCUUGAUGAGAACAUUCGUAUUCUUCAACAAUUUAAAAUAAACGAGUGAUAUUUGGUGUGAAAACUUAAAGUUUAUGUAAAUCUGAUUCUGGCCAUAUUUUCAGAUGUCAAUGAAUGCGAACGACAUGAAGGUAUCUGUAGAGAUCGCGGAUGUCUGAACACCCGUGGAAGUUAUCGUUGUGAGAAGAUUUGUCCCAAAGGUUUUGAAGGACGUGGAAAUGAAUGCAGAGGUUAGCAUCGUAUUUGUACUGAUAUCAUGGUGUCACAGUGGUUAAUAUUACAUGUGUCUUUUAGCUCUGCGAGCGAGACUCAAUUUGCGCGUGAGAAGUGUUUCUAGGCUUGGCCCAAUCUAACACUGCAGACUGGAGCAAUAAGGGUGGCUUCUACCGCCGCUAAAUUUAUACAACAUUUCGUUACUAGACAUUGAUGAAUGCUCUCAAAAUCCACCCAUCUGCGCAAGUCAAGAAUGUAUUAACACAAACGGAAGUUACCGUUGCCAGGAAGAAUGUUCGCGUCAUGGUUUUUCACGUGAUGAACAUGGUGUUUGUAAAGGUUUGAACCCAGUCUGUCAAUAUAUAUGUUUGUUCAUCAGUCUGUCGAGUGUGAUUUCAUUUUUCGCGACAUCCAUCCAACGUCCCUGACAGGAUGCGAUUAACAUGCAUGUUCACUUUUCCAUUUUGUUAGACACAGAUGAAUGUUCUAAAUACACAUCGAUUUGUGGAAGCAAAGAUUGUUUCAACACCGAAGGAAGUUAUCGCUGUCUGAAAAAAUGUUCAAGUGGGUUCACUCGAGUGGAUCAUGGUGAUUGUCGAGGUACAGUUGGUAAUAAAUAGAGAUUACUUCAUGGUUGAUGAGCGCGUACGAUUUUUAUGCACGAGUUGCGAAAAAUUCCUAUAAACGAACGAGUGAGUUUAUAGGAAUUUUUCGCAACGAGUGCAUAAUAAAAAUCGUACAAGCGAAUCAACCAUGAAGUAAUUUGUUUAUUAUAUGAGUUAUUAUAUAUUAGAGUGAAAUUUAAGUGCUGAACGAUAGACACAUUCAAACCAAACGUUUCAAACAUAUAUAACAUGCAUCAAAAAGUACAACAAUAGCUACAACAAAUGAAUUAUUUCGCUUUAAAAUUCUUGUAUUAUUAUUCUCCUGUUGUUCAAUGAAUUCGCUUACGGAUGGUGUCUCUGCGAAGCGUGAAGCCAUUUCAAAUCAAAAGUCGAACGGACAUCUAAAAAAACUGAUUUUUUGUUUUCUUGUACGCCAGUGGCGCGGCGGGAAAAGUAAAUACGAAAUUUUUCACUAGUGACAAAUUCCGUACGUCCAAUGAGAAGGCUAAUACGACGUUCUUCACUAGUGGCGAAUGUCGUAUGUCCAAUGAGAUCCUCAGACAUUUUAGGCAUAUGGUUUUUAUUCGACAACUUUAUCGCGUAUAAAAUUCAAUACUCAUAUAAUAAAAUAGUUGACCUUGGAGGAAAGUGGGAAAACUUGUAGUUAGAGCUCGACACCUGUCUCUCUGUAGCUCAGUUGGUUAGAGCACGACAACUGUCUCUCUGUAGCUCAGUUGGUUAGAGCACGACAACUGUCUCUCUGUAGCUCAGUUGGUUAGAGCACGACAACUGUCUCUCUGUAGCUCAGUUGGUUAGAGCACGACAACUGUGUCUCUGUAGCUCAGUUGGUUAGAGCACGACAACUGUCUCUCUGUAGCUCAGUUGGUUAGAGCACGACAACUGUGUCUCUGUAGCUCAGUUGGUUAGAGCACGACAACUGUCUCUCUGUAGCUCAGUUGGUUAGAGCUCGACAACUGUCUCUCUGUAGCUCAGUUGGUUAGAGCACGACAACUGUCUCUCUGUAGCUCAGUUGGUUAGAGCACGACAACUGUCUCUCUGUAGCUCAGUUGGUUAGAGCACGACAACUGUGUCUCUGUAGCUCAGUUGGUUAGAGCACGACAACUGUGUCUCUGUAGCUCAGUUGGUUAGAGCACGACAACUGUGUCUCUGUAGUUCAGUUGGUUAGAGCUCGACAACUGUGUCUCUGUAGCUCAGUUGGUUAGAGCACGACAACUGUGUCUCUGUAGUUCAGUUGGUUAGAGCGCUGCACCGGAAUCGCAGGGCCGCAGGUUCAAUUCCUGCCAGGGACCUAUAGUUGUAUUUUUCGCAGCUGUUCCUCGUUAGGUCUAAAUAAAGGUAUACAAUUUACACUCGAGAUUUCCAUCUACAGAUCUUUCAAAGGUGCAGGACUCUGAAGAACAUUUUAUUUGAUUUCUAGAUGUGAAUGAAUGUUUUGAGAAUCCUACAAUUUGUGGUAAUCAAGAAUGCAUCAAUAUCCCAGGGAGGUAUCGUUGUCAGAUGAAAUGUUCACGUGGGUUUUCACGAGAUCCAGAUGGUUCAUGCAAAGGUAAGGACAUCAUUUGGCAGAUCAGCAGGGGGAAAGUGGGAUCUAGCUAGACCCUUAGGAACGUUUUACUUCAUUUUUAGAUGUGAAUGAGUGUUCCGAGAAUCCCACAAUUUGUGGCGAUCAAAAAUGUUUCAAUAUCCAAGGAAGUUAUCGUUGCCAGAAGAAAUGUUUGCAAGGAUACACACGUGAUGACAAUAGUUAUUGUAAAGGUCUGUACAGUAUAAACAUCUGUGUAGGAUAAUUUGCCUGUUCCAUCCACACAUUAAGGCUGUACUAAUGGAUGACCUCGAGGAAGAACAGUUUAGAACUGAUAGAGCUAUCCUGUAUAAAUAAAGUUAGUUUAGUUUUAUAAGAGAUGAUUUUUACUGGACCUCCAGUUUAGAACUGAUAAAGCUAUCCAGCAUAAAUAAAGUUAGUUUAGCUGUAGUUUAAUAGUCAUUUUCCGUUUCCAGACAUCAAUGAGUGUUCUCAAUACCCCACGAUUUGUGGUGAGAAAGAUUGCUUCAAUAUUCAAGGGAGUUAUCGAUGUCAAGAAAAAUGUUCAAGUGGAUUUAAACGUGAUGAGAAUGGUUACUGCAUAGGUAAGAUGAUCUGUAGUGAACCGCGUCUAUUGAGCAAUUGUCCAUCUAUUCUUCUGUCUGUUCGUUUGUCUGUUCGUUCGUUUGUCUGUUCGUUUGUCUGUUCGUUUGUCUGUCUGUCUGUCUGUCUGUCUGUCUGUCUGUCUGUCUGUCUGUCUGUCUGUCUGUCUGUCUGUCUGUCUGUCUGUCUGUCUGUCUGUCUGUCUGUCUGUCUGUCUGUCUGUCUGUCUGUCUGUCUGUCUGUCUGUCUGUCUGUCUGUCUGUUUGUCUGUUUGUCUGUUUGUCUGUUUGUCUGUUUGUCUGUUUGUCUGUUUGUCUGUUUGUCUGUUUGUCUGUUUGUCUGUUUGUUUGUUUGUUUGUUUGUUUGUUUGUUUGUUUGUUUGUUUGUUUGUUUGUUUGUUUGUUUGUUUGUUUGUUUGUUUGUUUGUUUGUUUGUUUGUUUGUUUGUUUGUUUGUUUGUUUGUUUGUUUGUUUGUUUGUUUGUUUUGUUUGUUUGUUUGUUUGUUUGUUUGUUUGUUUGUUUGUUUGUUUUGUUUGUUUGUUUGUUUGUUUGUUUGUUUGUUUGUUUGUUUGUUUGUUUGUUUGUUUGUUUGUUUGUUUGUUUGUUUGUUUGUUUGUUUGUUUGUUUGUUUGUUUGUUUGUUUGUCUGUUUGUCUGUCUGUCUGUCUGUCUGUCUGUCUGUCUGUCUGUCUGUCUGUUUGUUUGUUUGUUUGUUUGUUUGUUUGUCUAUAACUAAAAUGAUUGCAUCACUGGACUCUUGUGUGUUUAGACGUGGACGAAUGUUUGGAACAACCUCAGAGAUGUGAACAUAUGUGUGAAAAUACAGUUGGUGGAUUCCAAUGUUUGUGUCCGCGAGCAACACGACUGGCAAAUGAUGGCAUAUCUUGCUCACGUAAGAAAUAUAUCAUGAAAACUAAACUAACUGGAUAGCUCUAUUAGAGGUGGACCACUAGAUAUUCUGGGAGGGGGAAUCCCAAAUUCAUGCAAAGAGUGGAGACUGGAGAUUGAAAAAAUUCUAUGCAACCACAUAGAAUAUACAGAAAUGUAUGGAAAAUAUUCCUGCACAGCUUCUAUACAUCGUAAAACAAAACAAAGCUCCGAACUUAGAAAAUUCGUGCAAGGAAAAUUUCCCUUCCCUUCGUAGAUGUGAAAUUAUAAUCAGACAACUGCAUAUUGCAUGAAUGAAACUCAUGUACUAACCACUACUUCUACAGGUAUAUCCGCGUGUCCAUUACGAGGUUACGGGAGAUGUCAAUAUCAGUGUAAUACAGAGACUGGACGAUGCCAGUGUCCUUCAGGAUACAGGUUACAUUGGGACGAGGUUUCCUGCAUAGGUAUCAACCAUUUUAUAAAUAUAUUAUUCACAUCGAUUUGUGAUAAAAAAUUAAUUUAUGUACAACGUUUUUAUGUAUAAAUGUUCAAAAUUUAUAAUCAAAAUUAAUAAGUUAAUUAAUAUUUUUGUAAAACUAAGAUUGUUUGUUAUAAAUUUUGCAAUUCCAUACUAGUCUUAUAUAACAUUGGUUAACAUUGUUUACAGUUUUGACCAAUGAACAUAUUUAAAAUACUGUCUGGAAAUUUUCUAACUGAAAUCUUAUGUCAAAUCUGCAUAAUUAUAUAAAAUCCAACUAAGUUUACUUUAUUUAUACUGAUAGCUUCGUCAGUCAUGCCAUCUAAUUACUGUUUCAAAUAAAGAAUACCCAGUCCCAGAAAGAAUUUAAUGAAAGGCACCAAUUGUGUCAAUUUAUCCUAAUGUUGCAAUUAUCUGUGUUCCUUAGACAUUAACGAGUGCUUGACAGGGCAGCAAGUGUGUGGAACACGGGAAUGCUUCAAUACUCUGGGAAAAUAUCAUUGCCUGAAUGUUUCCUGUCCACAAGGAUAUCAUCCAACCACUGAUGGGUAGGCGACUGAAAAUUUAAAUUACGCUGUAUUAAUGUUUGGCUAUGUUGAAAUGACCAUCUUCACACUAACUUAAAUGUUUUCGAAUUUAAUUGCAUACUGAUAGAGCUUGUAACAUUUGAAUCGGGCUGCCUUAAUGUACGAGCUUUGGGCUUUCGUCAAUGGUUUUUGCCAGGGCGCUUAUAUAUAGUUAAGCUAUACUAGUAUCCCUGCUUUUUGCAUUCUAUAAAUAACCAUUAUAUAUUUUUUUUACUUUUAGUUUCAUUGCCAUGCGUAUUGAAUAUUUUCGUACGGCAUGCAAAUUUAAUUUUUAUCGGUUAGAAGGACUAAUAUUCACCAAACUAAUUGUAUUUUCCUUGCAUGCUCAGAAUUGAAAUAAAAUUGUAAACCCAUAUCUAUAAAAUUUGAAAAAAAUUUUUUUUUCGUCUAUAGAUACUGUACAAUGCAAUGCUUCUACCAAGCCAACCAGUGUCCCGCUCAAUACACCAAGCUACAGCACACAUCCAUCAGUAUCCCUCGAUAUCUCCCAGUGAAUACAGAUUUCCUACAAUUGCGACCGUACAUCCCCCCAGGAGGCAGCGAAAGCCUAGCUUGCUACUGUGCGACAUACUUUUACCCAGUACAACACAGUAACCAUCUCUUUGGUGUCUAUCAAAUUGGUCAAGCUGGUAUAGUAUACAACCGGGUUGUAUUUGAUGAACCAGGAUUUUAUGAGUUUAAAGUGGUGUCGGAUUUUUUGAACGGUUAUGGGAGUAUUGUUAGUAGAACGUCGUUUCAAGUUUUUGUCGACGUUGCGGAUUACAUGUUUUAAGGUUACGCAGAUCUUGCUUUGCGGAACAUGUGAUCUACUUAUUAGAGGUGUGCAAAUCCGAUCCGAAUCCAAUCGAAUUCGUUCGGAAUUCGGAACAAAAAUAUUCACUUCGGAUUGGAUCGGAUUGAUAAAGUUGUUUCGUAGUCGGAUCGGAUCGGACUUCAAUUGGACGUCACUUUGUCAGCUUCUUAACAUGUAUUUCUUGCUUUUAUAUUUAUUUGGUUAAAUAUUUCCACUUGAAUGAGAAAUUUAUUUUAUUUAAGGAUUCUUCGGAUCGGAUCGGAAUUCUUUAUCAAAACUCGGAUCGGAUUCGACAAUUUCGGAUCGGAUUGGAUUUUAAACAUUCGCCAAUUGUCGUAUUAUAAACGUCCAAUCCGAUGCACACCUCUACUACCUAUAAAGUUCGUCCAUUCUUCUUAGAAGGGAAUUAGGGAAAUGACAACGUGUUCAUUGACAAUGGUAUUUCUACUCAUAACCAAAAGAGACGAAGAAACUGCGUGCUAGUACGCUCUUUAUCAAAUUACUAUCACGGAAAAAGAUCAUAUAUGAUGAGAUCUAUAGAGAGGGCCGAGUCGGCCUUCCUAUUAAACAGUGCAUGUUAUAAUAGUUUUGUUUGUGAAAACACCACGUAAAUUUAUUACUGCAAGGCUUUCGAUCCGUAAGCCCGGAUCUUCAUCAGUGCUAAUAAUAUGUCAAUAAUACAUAUUAUUAGCACUGAUGAAGAUCUGGGCUUACGGAUCGAAAGCUUUGCAGUAAUGAAUUUACGUGGUGUUUCCACAAACAAAACUAUUUUAUCGCAAAGAACUUAGUGCAUGUUAUGUAUGUAAAUAAUUCUAUUUUGUUUCCAACUGUAGUUGCAUGAGUUUUCUAUCGUUGUAAUUCAUUAAAAUUUUGCUGCACAUUGUUGGAG